AUGCCGUUUGAAGUUUUUGAUCUGCGCUUCUUCUUCAAUUUCAGUUCAGAAAUCGCCUGUAAGAUUAUGAGGUCGCUGGUGACUUUUACGACCUGUGCUUCCAACCAAAUCCUGUUAUUAAUCGCCAUAGACAGAUUUAGGAAAGUCUGUUGUCCGCUAAAAAUGCAAAUGACACCGUCUAUAGCCCGUAAAUUCAUCUUCAUCUCCGUCAUAAUCGCAAUCUUAAUGACUAUUCCUGCGUUUUUUCUGUACGGGUUGCGAUCAGCGAUAACUCCAAUUCCUGGUUUGCUUGGAUCUGACUGUGCAACUGGUGAUGACGUCAAAGAUACAAUUUAUCCAAUAGUUUAUGAAUUGGUGUUGAUAUUCUUUUUUGUGUUUUUCACCACCUGUUUUGCUGUAUUGUACACCUGUAUAUGGAGAGCGUCCAGAAGACUGGCUUUCGCGCGUAAAAGUUUCCGGUCGGAACAAAGCUGCAGUUUGAUCGGCGAAGACACGACGUCCUCAUCUAUUGAUAAUAGAAACGACAAGAAACCUAAAUGUGACAAACGUGCCCGUUCAAAUGUAGUUAUUGUCAUGAAGACUGAUAGUUUUUGUCGGCAAGUGUCCUCCGAACCCGGAUCACCGAACAUGGCCCGAAAGAAGCCACAAAGAAUCACAGCGGCUUCCAUCAAGACAAAAGCAACGCUUAUUGCCUUUGCAGUUACGAUGGUGUUUUUCCUAAGUUUCAUCCCACACUUGGGUCUCGCCGCUCUCAAAAACGCCAAGAAAGACUUCGACUAUACAUUACAAGGGCCACAACUCGUGGCGUUCAACAUUUUUCUGAGAUUUUAUUUUGUGAAUUGUGUGGCCAAUCCGUUUAUAUAUUCCGCCAUGAAUCCAAUUUUUAGACGCAGAUGUAUCGAUGUUUUCCGAUAUAUCUGCUGCUGCGUUUGUCGUACGUGCAAAAUUAAGAAAGACCUACCAGUCCACGUUUGA